AUGUUCGCGUUAAGAGAGACACAGCAACCGAUCACCAUUUUGUUGCUUGCAUGCUGCGCUGUAAGAAAUGGAGUACCGUACGAAGAUCUGGUGGUAGAAGCAACCAGAGAAUCAAAUGAGAAACUGUUUCUUCGGUCUCGGUUACAAACGGGUGAAACGGACAUUCUGAGACUAGUCGUUGGCCUUACGCGUCUAGACAUGGUCCGGAAUACUGACAUCCGAGAGAACCUUGGUGUACAGCCUUUGCUUCUCAAGAUUGAGAAGUCACAGCUGCGAUGGUUUGGACAUGUGUUGCGAAUGCCUCCAGAAAGGAAGGUUAAGCAACUGCUUGUUGUGAAACCGACGCGCAGAAUGCCAGGGGACGGCCAAGAUCAACCUGGUGCAAAUAUAUGGAAGGAGUCUGUUCCAGACUCCAUUUGUCUUUUGCCGAAGUUCAUACUCUGGCACAGGAUCGGGAACGUUGGAAGCUCUGUAUGA